AUGAACCGCAUCUUUGGAACAUCCAGCAGCAAGAAGCCGCGCCCGACGCUCCAAGAUGCCAUCUCAUCGACAGACACCCGGAUGGCGUCCAUCGAGGUAAAGAUCAAGAAGCUCGACGGGGAGCUCGCGCGAUACAAGGAGCAGAUGGGCAGGCUUCGGAACGGGCCUGGAAAGAACGCGAUCCAAGAGCGCGCCCUCCGGACGCUGAAGCAGAAGCGGAUGUACGAGUCGCAGCUCGCGCAGCUCACGCAGCAGACGUUCAACAUGGACUGGCGAACAAGGAGCUCAAGAAGCAGUACGGCAAGAUCGACAUUGACAAGAUCGAGGUUCGUUGCUGCCGUACACUACGACAUGGAGGAUCUGCUGGAGCAAGCGAAUGAAAUCCAGGAGAGUCUUGGGAGGUCAUAUGCCGUCCCAGACGAGAUUGACGAGGCGGAUUUGCAAGCCGAACUGGAUGCACUGGAAUUGGACGCUGAGGAGGAAGGACCCUCGUAUCUCAGCGAUCUGAACAAGAUGCCAGAUUUUGUCGACGAGCCACCCGUAGAAAUCGCAGAGACCCCAAGCGAGCAGAAGGAGGCGGUCAAGACUACCGUAUAG